ACCACCGCCGCCUCCGCCGCCGGCCAGACCGCCCCCCUCCUCCUCCUCCUCCUCCUCCACGCCGCCCUCCCGCUCCUCCUCCUGCUCUCCCCGGCCGUCGCCGAGAUCAAGACCCUGACCAUCGCCUCCGACCCCCGCCCCAUGAUCCUAUUCGAGAAGUUCGGCUUCACCGUCUCCGGCCACGUCAACGUCUCGGCCUCCUCCGUCUCCGUCGCCUCCUCCCUCCCCGUGGCCCCCGACCCCUCCCACCUCGGCUUCUUCCUCCUCUCCGACGAGUCCCUCCUCCAGGUCCUGCUCGAGCUCCAGCGCAACCCGCGCGCCUGCGUCCUCCAAUCCCGCUACGUCACCCUCCUCUUCACCUUCCGCGAGCUCUCCCCGCCGCCCCAUGCCUCCUACGCCGGCGCCUACCCGGUCACCUCCCCGAACGAGUACUCCCUCUUCUUCGCCAACUGCGCCCCGGAGAGCCGCGUCUCCAUGGAGGUCCGCACCGAGCUCUUCAACCUCGACCUCGACGGAUCCAAGGAUUUCCUCUCCGCAGGUCAAACCCAGCUCCCUUCCCUCUUCUUCCUCUUCUCCCUCGUCUACCUCGCCUUCGUAGGGUUCUGGAUCUACAACUGCCACAGCAAUCGCAGAUCCGUCCACCGGAUCCAUCUGCUGAUGGCCGGGUUGCUCCUGAUGAAGGCGCUGAACCUGAUCUGCGCCGCCGAGGACAAGCAUUACAUCAAGGUCACCGGCACGCCCCACGGUUGGGACAUCUUGUUCUACAUCUUCCAGUUCCUUCGCGUCAUCUUGUUGUUCACGGUGAUCGUGUUGAUCGGGACGGGGUGGUCGUUCUUGAAGCCCUUCUUGCAAGAGAGGGAGAAGAAGGUGCUGAUGAUCGUGAUCCCGCUCCAGGUGUUGGCGAAUUUGGCUUCUGUUGUGAUUGGGGAGACCGGGCCUUUCAUUAGGGACUGGGUCACUUGGAAUCAGGUGUUCUUGCUGGUGGAUAUCAUCUGCUGCUGUGCAAUUAUAUUCCCCAUCGUGUGGUCGAUUAGGUCCUUGAGGGAGACCUCGAAGACUGACGGCAAGGCUGCUCGGAACUUGGCGAAACUGCAGCUGUUUAGGCAGUUUUACAUCGUGGUGAUCGGGUACUUGUACUUCACGAGGAUCGUGGUCUUCGCUUUGAGGACGAUUGCGGCAUAUAAGUAUCAAUGGGUGAGCAAUGCAGCAGAGGAGACGGCGAGCCUCGCGUUCUAUGCCGUGAUGUUUUACAUGUUUAGGCCGGUGGAGAGGAAUGAGUAUUUUGCUCUUGAUGAAGAGGAGGAGAAGGAAGCCGAAAUGGCCCUACGAGAAGAAGAGUUCGAGCUUUGAGCUCUUGAGGUGGCAAGGUUUUUGUUGUUCGUGUUGUGGGCGAUCGUGAUGCAUCCACACUGAAGGACAAGAUGAUCUUUGGCAUAUCAAUUAGCGGGUGCAAUGGAACUGUUGCAUCACGUCUGCUGUUCCAACUCCUGUUUUAACACGCUCCAUUUUCUUUCGGUUGCAGUUGAGCUCUCCGAUGUUCUAGAUUUCUCUCACUAGCGAGCAAAUAGCAUUUGUAUUUUAUGAUUUUACUUUUCUUAUCACGCCGUCCUUUGUGAAAUCUUGUUUUAGAAUUGGUUCAAUCUAUGUUCUCCAUACACGUCUCUUAGUUUCGACUUUGAUUCCAAUCCAUAUUCUGCCUGUUUGUAUCUGUUUGUAACUGUUCCUUGAUCAUAAUGUGAUGAUUUUCAGUUUAA